AUGAGAGCAGGUAGACUUGAACUUAACUUUACAUCGACUCAAAAAACAAGACCAAAUAAAUAAAAUGUCUGCGAGAUCUCAAAGACUCCGUUUGUGAGGUGUUUAUACUGCCUUGGGGGUCUGGAAGCGUCUUAGAGACCCGAUGCGAAGGACCCUUGCCAUGAAUAAUAUCGACUCGAAUCAGUGGUUGGAUCAGCUACAAAAGGGACGAAACUCUAUCUAAUAAUUGUUGGCCUGCUAUCAACUGAGAGAGAAAAAGCCGACGGAUCCAGGCGAAACGCAGAAGAACCAAAGAAAAAAGCGUCCCGGCUCUCCAAUUUCGCCGUACUCUCUCGCCCCAUCGCCGUCUCUCCGCAUUGGGUGCGCUCUCUUGGAUGGCGGAGACUGCUCGCCGCCAGAAAGUGGCGGGUUUCCCCUGCUCUCGCUCUCUGUCCCCCAUCUGCCUAUUAUUACAUGGAAUUGGAGCUCUGGCGGUCUCUUCUUCUCUAUGUGUUUGAAUGCCCCCAUUUCCUCCCUAAGAAGCCGCAUUCCGACGUGAAGAACGUCGGAAAUGCCUGA